CCGGAAGUCCACGUCCAUCAACUUCCCGUGUCACGGGGUAUCUGGGAGACGAAGAGAAAAAGCGGGCACACGGACAUCUGUGUUGUUUUCUGCCGCCGUGCACCGUCUCAGCACCUCCACAUUUGGCUUAUAAAGCCGCAGAGCUGCACGCAGAGGGCCUGCGACCCGCCGGGAUCCGCAUUCGGCUCGGAAAAGGCUCAUUCAUUCACUCGUUUGUGCUCGCUAAGCUACCUAGCUGAGCGGCUAACCCAGGCCCGUUCUGUUAGCCAGUUAGCAGCAUUAGCACGCUAACCCAUGCGUUUUCUUUCUCUGUGAUUCUCUCCGUUAUCGCGUUGUAAACAAAUACUGUGACGCUGGUGUGUAUGCCGGUCGGCAGUUUUUGCUAAUUGUGUCGGUAAGCGAGCAGCUUAUUGAAGCUAACUCCCCGAAGCUCCAUCAGUGAAGCGCUUUUAAAAGUCUACUUGACUUUGUUGCUAGCUGCUAGCCGCUAGCCGCCGACUGAACAACGCAGAGCCCGAGAGCCGAGCAGCUCCUCCGCCCGCCGAGAGAUGUCGGACUUCGACGAAUUCGAGAGACAGCUGUCCGAAAAUAAACAAGCUGAACGGGACAAAGAGAACCGCCACCACCGCCGGUCCUCGUCCCGCAGUCGCAGCAGAGAGAGGAAGAGGAGGAGCAGAGACCGCGACAGACGCAGCCGAGACCGCCGAGGGGACAGUAAGGAGCGCAGACACAGACGCAGCUCACCAUCCAGCUACCCCCAGGACAAUGCUGGAAGCCGCUCUCCUCACCGUGAGAAGAAGAAGAAGGUGAAGAAGUACUGGGACGUCCCUCCUCCUGGUUUUGAACACAUCACGCCCAUGCAGUACAAAGCCAUGCAAGCUGCAGGCCAGAUCCCAGCCACAGCCCUCCUGCCCACCAUGACCCCUGAUGGCCUGGCUGUUACUCCCACACCUGUACCUGUAGUGGGCAGUCAGAUGACCCGGCAGGCCCGCCGCCUCUACGUGGGAAACAUCCCCUUUGGUAUCACAGAGGAGUCGAUGAUGGACUUCUUCAAUGCCCAGAUGCGUUUGGGUGGUCUUACUCAGGCCCCUGGAAACCCUGUCCUCGCAGUACAGAUCAACCAGGACAAGAACUUUGCCUUCCUCGAGUUCCGCUCAGUGGAUGAAACGACGCAGGCCAUGGCCUUCGACGGCAUCAUCUUUCAGGGCCAGAGCCUGAAGAUCCGCCGCCCCCACGACUACCAGCCGCUGCCCGGCAUGAGCGAGAACCCCAGUGUCUAUGUGCCUGGUACACAGACAAUUAAUGGCGUGGUGUCCACCGUGGUGCCCGACUCGGCUCACAAGCUCUUCAUCGGCGGUUUGCCCAACUACCUGAACGACGACCAGGUGAAGGAGCUGCUGACGUCGUUCGGUCCUCUGAAGGCCUUCAACCUGGUGAAGGACAGCGCUACAGGCCUCUCCAAGGGUUACGCCUUCUGUGAAUACGUCGACGUCAACCUCAACGACCAGGCUAUCGCUGGACUGAACGGCAUGCAGCUGGGAGACAAGAAGCUCCUGGUGCAGAGAGCCAGCGUGGGCUCCAAGAACGCCACCCUGACCAGUAUAAACCAGACCCCGGUGACGCUGCAGGUCCCGGGCCUGAACAGCUCCGUCACCCAGAUGGGCGGCCUUCCCACCGAGGUGCUCUGCCUGAUGAACAUGGUGGCGCCCGAAGAGCUGCUGGACGAUGAGGAGUACGAGGAGAUCGUGGAGGACGUCCGGGACGAGUGCAGCAAGUACGGCCAGGUGAAGAGCAUCGAGAUCCCGCGACCCGUGGACGGCCUGGAAGUACCCGGAACCGGCAAGAUCUUUGUGGAGUUCACGUCGGUGUUCGACUCCCAGAAGGCCAUGCAGGGUCUGACAGGACGGAAGUUUGCCAACAGGGUGGUGGUGACCAAAUACUGCGAUCCAGACGCCUACCACCGCCGGGACUUCUGGUAGAGGAGGCCCCAGGAGAUGUGGGAGGGGGGUGGGAGUGAUGGGGUUGGGUGGUUCAUCGCCGCCCGUUUCCAAACCGAAUCCAGAUCCGACGUUUGUCCGGAUCCGCUGGGGGCUCGGUUUGGAGGCCGGCGGCGAUGUUUGAGAAAUGUGUGAAAUAACGGGCGGGGGAGGGCGACGACUUUUCUACUUUGUGAGAUGUUGUUCUGGGGAGGGACGGGGGAGGGGAGCCGGCCGGAGGUUUGUAUUUAAACGGAGGGAGAGCGUUAGCAGAUGGAGGGCAUUUCUGUUGUAGAUACUCGGUAGCUGUAACAUCCACUGGGGUUAGAGGAGGAGAACCUUCUGGAUUCUUUCUGUCCCUUCCUUCCUUCCUUCCUUCUUUCCUUCCCUCCUUCCUUCCUUCCUUCCUUCGACCGGUCGGACUCUCUCUGAAUGUCGGCUGUAAUCGUUCUGAUUCUGUGUGUAGCUUCACUGAUUAAUCUCACCGUGUGUUCAGGCCACAGAGCAACAGGAAACGUUCUUUUUCUACCUUCUGUAACCUUUUGUUUCCAUCUUUUGUUUUAAAUUAAACGCCCCGAUUUAAAUUCAGAGGAGAGGGUUCAUCUCUUCUUUACCAACGAGCCUUAACGUUUGGACAAAUUCGGCCUGCCGCCCCUCGGUUCUGUCUCUCCGUGUGUCUCAUACUUUGCCGUUUUGUUCUCCGGUCGUCUUUUUUUUUUCUCGUGCAACGUCUCACCUCUUUGACCAGACCAAAUAAAACUCGCCACUAACACCCUGCAGAGGAAUCUCGCUGCACAUCGCUAGUUCCUGUCUACGGAAAUGUCGCUUUUUUUGUAGAAUCUGACGAAUAAACGGAACCCUGCGGAGUCAAACGCUGGCGCUGUCCUGGUUUUCUGUCUCCUGUUUUCAUGCUUAUUUUUUACAUUUUUACUGAACUGUCGGGUCUAAAAUGUUGAAAUUGGUGCAUUUUUUGAGGAAAAUGCAGCUUCUGUCCCACACAGUAGUUUUCUGCAUCGGCUGUUCUACCAAAAUUCUUAUUAGGAACAAUUUAGAGUUUGUUUGUUUUUUUUGUUUUUUUUUGUUUUUUUUUUUUUGGGGGGGGGCUACACCUUUAAUUCCAAGCAGUAAAAUGUGACAAAAAUAACAUGAAAAUAGUUAAAAUUCAUCCAUAACCUGUCAUUUUACUGAGUUUUUUUCUCUUGUUUGUCAUUUCUAGCCAUAAGAAACCUGUUGGUCAAAUAAAAAUUCACUAUAAAUCCAAAUCUGACUCUGGAAGGAACAAUUUUGGAUCCGUUUUUCAAACUAUAAGUACAAUUUCAAACAGUAUGACUAACUGUGGACAGUAAAAUGUGAGAAAACCCACAUAGAAAUGGGUUAAAAUCCAUCUUUAUACUGUGUUUAGUCACUUGCUUUUCAUUUCUAGCCAGAGUAAACCUGUUGAUUGAAUAAAAACUCACUUUUAAUCUAAAUUUGGCAUCAGGAGGAACAAUUUGGGUCUUUAUUGCAACUAGAAAUGUAAAAAAUACACAAUUAAAUAGUACAAAUCCAUCAGUAAUGUCUCAUUGUACUGUUUCUCUCCAUGUCAUUUCCAUGUAGAAUAAACCUGUUGAUUAAAGAAAAACUCGUAAAUUUGACAAGAAGAGGCACAAUUUUGGGUCUUUUGCAACUAGAAAUGUAAAAAUACACAAAUGGUACAAAUCCAUCAGUAACGUCUCAGUUUUUUCCACUUGUUUUUGUCAUUUCCAGUCAGAAUAAACCUGUUUCGUUCAUUAAAAAUCCACCAUAAAUGUAAAUUUGGCUCAAGAAAGAAUAAUUUUAGAGCUUUUCUGCGACUAGAACUGACCUGAGAACGGCUGCAUUUUCUCAAAAAUUGACAAUUUCACUAGCUAUGCGUAAUUUUGGACGUGAUAUUUUAGUAAAAAUGCGAAAAAAUAAAAUCUUUAUUUUUCUUUUGUCGUUCCAUUAAACGUCUUUUUAAAGAUUCAUGACGUCGUCCUGCAGAGAAAUCUCGCUGAAAUCGGUGGUUUGUCCACAGAACCGUCGUUUUUUUUUUUUUUUUUUUUUUUUAGUAGAAUUUGACGCCCAGAUGUUGGAUUCUUCAUCCUGAGGACCAGAUGUUCUUCCACUCUCUGAGACCUGAAGGAGACGUGUCGCUGAAAACACUUCCUGGAGAAAACAAACCUGCUUUUUCCGUUUCUUUUUCUCUAUCGGGGAUAAAAUGUGAUUCGUUCAAACCCUGAAGGCCACCGCUAGUUUCUGAACGCAGAAGCAGUCUUUCAUUUGUCCCAUUUGUUUUCAAAUGUUGAUUAAAAACUGAAUUUACACGA